AUGGAUAAAAUUAGAUGUACUUUUAAAGACAAUGAAUUAAUAAAUCAAAAAGAACGAGAUAAAGAUUCACUUAAAAAAGAAAUAAUCAAUAAUCAUGCAGAACUCGACCAUGAUGAAUUAGUAAAAUUAACUAAAGAAGCAAUUCACAAUAUAAUCGAAAGUGACCCGUUGCUCUCUGGUCUACCAACUGAUGUUACAAUCGAAGAACUUAAAGCUCAAAUUGCAGUUGCACAAGGACAAGCAAUAACUUUAUACCUAAAUCGUGGAGAAUUACCGAAACUUGGAAUUGUGUAUGGAAUCACAAAUAAAGCAGAAUUAUAUUAUGUAAAACGACGCAGAGAAAAAAAUAAAUUAAUAAAACAUACUUAG